GUUGCCAAAUGUUGCAGGCUUUGUAUGACUUCAAAGCAACUUUGGCAAAAACUCUGAGUUUUCAUGAGAAGGAAUUAUUUAUUCUGUAUCCUACAAAUAAGAAGCAAAGACAGUGGUGGCAAGUUGUCAAUAGAAAGGGGCAAGUGGGCUUCAUACCAUCCAAUUACAUCAGUAAAAUUCAGGUUCCUCCUUCGCAAAUUCUGGAAUUUGUGUCUGCCUGUGAGAAAAUUCUAGCCGAGGAACGAAAAUCAUCAGGUGACAGUGCCUCACAUGACCGAAUAGAACUUGCUAAACAUUUGUCAAGCAUAAAGAAGCAGGCUGAGGAAACACAACAAACUUCAACUUCCUAUAAACAUGGACCUCCUCCGCCAGCUGACUUCUCUCCUGACAGAGGAAACUCUCCAGCAACAACCCCACAUUCUGUUCCUUGUGGUGCUGUUCCAGCAAUUGGAGGACCUGCAGCAAUGCUAAAAUUUGGCCAGAGCAAAUAUUCAGUCAGUGCAGGGAAUAAACAGACAAAAGUACCUAGUCCUGUUGUCCCCAGAAGGCACUCAUCAUUGGAUGAAUGCGGAAGACGCAGCCAACAAUCAAACAAUGCCUUUCAUGAAAAUGCAGCCAAUGGGGUUGCCAGCAGUGCUGACAGCCUUUCCACAAGUGUUUCUCAAUCUGACAGCAUUCUGGAAACUUGCUGGCCAUCAGUAGAUGGUGUUCAGGCCUACCAAAUUUUACAGGAGGUUCGGAAACAUACUUCUCUGAGCCAUGAUCACAGCCGCAUUGCAGUGAGCGUAGUUCUAUCAGAACUUCAAAGAAUUCUUGGCUCUGCCACUUGUCCUCCAGUUGAUAACCUUCUUAACUUGGUCUCACGAACUGUGCCAACUCCACAUGCAGUUCUUGAGUCUAGUCUUGAUUCACGCAGACUGCAUCUAGCAUUGUCUGAGCUAACUAAAUGCAAAGAUGACCAGCAGCAAAGGAGUUGGGCAUUAUACGAAGAUCAGUCCAUCAUCAGUGAAUAUCUGGAGGAAAUAGCUUCCAUUUUGACCAAUGCUGAUCCAAACAUUUGCCGCCAUGUUUUGUCCAUUGAUCAAUAUCAAUAUGUGGUAAACAUUGCUCUGUAUUAUCAAAUGGAAACCAGGUGGGAGCUAAGAUCACGAGUUCUGAAGGUGCUGCAAGUUAUGUGUGUGCUUGAUGGUCAUAUUGUAUCAAUUUUGUUGGCUUCUGUUCUUCCAAUGGAGCUAGCGAGAGAUAUGCGCAGCAGUGCUUGUAAUAAUGCACGUCUUGUUCAAUCUGCUUCUUUAUUGACGACAAUCUAUAGCAUGGGUGAGGCAAUGCCUGUUCCCCAUCUUGAACAUGUUGGACGUGACUUCCUAUCAUUUUUAUUUGCUAUUCUGGAGGGUGAAAAUGUCAAAGAAAUGGAACAAAGUAUACGUGGGGAGUCAGCAGCAGACUUGCUUUUGGCCAAUCGGAGAUACAGUAUGGAGCAAGUUAGUGAGGCAUUCUUCAAGCUUAUUCUUGCAUACAACCUACAGUGGCGCCCUGGCACAAAUCAUGAAAAUCUUCCAAAUGAGACUAUAGAGGCUUUAUCUCAAAGGUCAACUGCAAAACUGUUCUUGGAAAAGCUACUGUUACUUGUAAACCGUGAAGAUGAUCCUGUGCGUACACUUGACCACUUACCAGUUCCUCCCCAUGCUGUUUUGAAGAUGAUUAUUGAUGUCUUACUUAAGCCUGAAACUGCAGCACUUCUUUAUACCAAUGAUACUCGCGUACUUCUUGAUAUUUCUCUCAGGCGACUUGCUGAUCUUCCACCUGGUGACCAGAGACGACGAGUUUAUCUUGAGAUGUGUCGCUUAGUUCUCCGUAAUACACCAUAUUCUGAACAUGAGCACCGCCGAGAAGAUUUGCUAAAGUGCUUCACGCGUAUCUUUUGCGAAGAAACUGAAGCUAGCCACCCAGAUCAGAUGUUGGUAAGAGAAAUUUCAAAUGAGUUUCCUAACUACUUUAAACGCUGAACUACAUUUCCAAACGAGAAAUGGCACAAGUCUAAUAAUGGAGUGGAAUUCUUUAAUCCUUCAAUCAAAUUAUACUCAUGUUCUUUCAUGAACUGUGUUUUCCUAGUCAGUGUUGUUUGAGGAAUUAUUUAUCUGCCACCCAUUAAAUUUUAUCAAAAUUCAUAGUGGCUCGUAACACA